UUUUAAUUACAGGUUAUGUUUACGAUCAUUGCAAAAGUAGUGAAAUAAUGCGUUCCUUAAAGUCCCAACACUCCCAAAACUCGAGUUACAAGGACGCCCAAAGCUGGACAGACGAUCUGCCGGUCUGCAAAAACACCGGGAUAGGAUUUUCCACGAAUCAACGUUACAGAGAGGAUGGGCACCCCCAGGAGAUGCACCACUACGAAGACUGCAGCUGUCACUUCAAAUUCGACGAUAUUUUCUACUGGUACGCCGUCUUCGACGGACACGAGGGCAAGCGAGCUGCGGAUUUCUGCUCCCAGAGGAUGACAGCCGAAAUUUACUUUUCACAAUUAAACGAGAAAGAAACCACAGACGAAGAAGUGAAGGAAAUGCUUCGACAGGCCUUCAUAACUGUCGAAAAGGGGUACAUGGAGAGCGUGGAGGACCUGCUAGCGGAGCGGACAAGCUUGAUGUACGACAUACCGGAAGGCUUGAACUCGUACGAGGCUUACAAGGAGGUCCCGCACGUUGUGGAGGGCCUCAACAGGUUGAACUGUGAAUUAUCUUCCGGUACAGCUGCAGCUGUGGCGUUGAUCUGUAAGAAUAAGCUCUACGUGGCCAACGUUGGUAAUUGUCGUGUGUUGUUGUGUCAAACCGAUCAGAAUUCGGUACUGAAAGUGGUUCAGUUAAGCGUCGAUCACGAUUUGAAGAACGAGGACGAACUGCUCAGGCUGUCGCAGAACGGCAUAAAUAUUAAGAAUUUGAGACACAGUUCUCGUCUUGGCAAUCAAGAAAAUACCCGUUGUCUGGGCAAUUACAACGUAAAGGGUGGCUAUAAAGACUUUGAAGACCUAGCGAUGGCAGCGCAAGAGCCAAUAAUCGCCGAACCUGAUAUUCAUGGUGGCAUCACGUUGGACGAAUCCUGCCGAUUUUUGUUACUGAUGUCUGCCGGGUUGUACAAGUCUAUCGAAGAAGCAACGGGCACCGAUCAAGUUAACAAAUACAUCGCUCAGUGUGUCGUGGAACAGUUCCGCGAGCAAGCAACGCUGACGGGCGUGGCCCAGGCGGUGGUGGACAAGGCCGUCCGUCUCCAUCACGACUGGUACAUGUCCAGUUCCAUCAACCACUCGUGCACCCCAGAAAGGGAAGACAUAACCCUCGUACUGAGGAACUUCAACUACCCUCUUCCGAAUGCCAUAACCUCGCCCACUAACCCGUCGGUUACUUUCAACCCGAUACCCACGGUCAGGGGCGGUUCUACCUGUCAGUCGACGCUUACCAACACCAGAACGGGGGAUACCACCAACAGGUCCAUCGACACGACGAACAGUUCCGACGUGAAGACCGAGACUGACGACGGGAUGGGGCCGGAUAUGAAAAUCGAGGCGUACGUGGAUUUUUCAGAUUUUUACAGGAAUUUUAGUAUAGCCAAGCAGAACGGGACCUUGCCGGAGGGUCUGGACUUUUAGUGUGAUAUUUUGUUUGCCGUUGGUGGCUAAAAUCGAUAUCUGUAUAUAAUUUAGCAAUUAUUUUAAUCGUAGAUGUAAGGGUGUGACGAGGAAAAAGGCAAUUUUGGAAUUUGUGCCUUACAAAGGUAACCAUAUUAAUACCAAAUUGUUUAAACUUUAAAUUAUAUAUCAUUAAGUAUUAAAAACUUUGUUUUUUUUUCUCGAAUAUGAUCUCAAAA